UGGAUGUCUGGUGCCCAAUUUGGAGAUCCAAAGGAGCUCCGCCCGGUGGCGUUGGGCGAGGCUCCAUUUGGGAUCCGUCUCUACGACAGUCGCCCGGACGGAAGACCACCCGUGUCGGAGAAAAUGCUGAACCAGACUAUGAAGGGCCUCGACUUCUCCGCGUGUCAAAUUGGGAGCGACCGCAGGUGCGCAACCCGAACCGGACAUGGAGAGCCCGUCGGACCGGACCAUAGCCUGGAAUUCCGGAGGCAUAAGUCCAGGAUGGCGAGUUGCGCCGAUUCUCCGGGUGUCAUCCUCCGCACCCGGCACACCGGAAGCAGCACGAAGGGGGUCAGGCGGUCCACGGGUCUCCUACACCGCAGGUUUGCCACGCUGACAGUUGGCCCGGUUUGCGGGUCCGCUGCAUCCUGUCCCCGAGCUGUCUUCCUUUUCCGGCUUUAUGCUGUGGGUGGCUCUAUUUUUUCAGGCACUUCCUCACGCUGCCUUUUCGGGCUUUUUGGCAUCGGGGUGGCAGGAGUGACGGUCACAGGUUCGCCGUGCUGCCAGCUGGCGCGGGUUGCAGUAUUAUCGGCCGCAGACACGCCCCCGUCCCUCUGCGCUCCGGAUGCGCAGCAGGCGUCAGGAGGACGCUCCUCCGGGGUCAAAGGUCAUGCAGCUCCAGCAGGAGUACCCCAUCUUUUUUACUGCUCCAGCAGGAUGAUUGACCUCUUUUUCACUGCGAGCUGAAGGCCUGCUGGGACGCUUCCAAUUCCCUAGCAGGGUUGUUGACCUCAUUGUUCAUUAAAAAAUUGUUGUCAUAA